AUGGAUAACUAUAGACCAAUUUCCGUCUUGCCUGUAUUAGCAAAGAUUAUUGAACGUGUUGUUCACAGACAGCUAUCUAUCUAUCUGGAAGAAAACUGUCUGCUUUCCCCUAACCAAUUUGGAUUUCGUAAAGGUCGAUCGACUCAACAGGCAGUUACCUAUUUCUCGGACCAUAUAAGGGAUUGUAUGGACAAAGGUGAAUACUGUGGCGCUGUCUUUAUCGAUCUGAAGAAAGCAUUCGACACGGUGGAUCAUGGUCGUUUACUGUCCAAAUUAUCUCACUACGGUAUUAAAGAUAAAGAACUAACAUGGUUUGAGAACUAUUUAUUUGGAAGGCGUCAACGUGUAAUCUACGAUGGCACACAAUCUGACAGCCAACCUGUCGUCUGUGGUGUGCCACAGGGUUCCAUCUUAGGGCCUAUGCUGUUCAUCUUAUUGAUUAAUGACAUCGAUCACCAAUUGAAUAGCUGUAAAAUCCUACUAUAUGCUGACGACACAGUGGUCUUUACAUCCAGUAAAAAUCAAGAAACCAUUAAAGUAAAUUUAAACUCGGAUCUAUCAAAACUGGCCACCUGGUUUUAUGAAAACAACCUAGUCGUCAACCUCAAAAAAGGAAAAACCGAAUUCAUCCUGUACGGUACACCUAACAAAUUGUCAAAAGCCGAGAAAAUGGAUAUUAUGAUUCGAAACGAACCGGUGAACGAAGUACAAGCGUAUCAAUACCUCGGAGUUAAAAUGGAUAAAUCCUUAACCUAUGUUGAGCACAAAGACAAGAUAUAUAAAGAAGCUAUGAGAAGAGUUAAACUCCUAUCACGCAUACGACGUGACAUCAGCCCAUUGGUUGCGCAGUCAAUCUACAAAACGAUGAUAGAGCCAAUCCUUUUAUACUGUAAUAAUCUAUUUCUCGGUGACACAGUCAGCUCGAUCGAAAAAUUCCAGAAAGUACAAGAACGAGCUUUCAAAAUUGCUUAUGGCAACAACAUCCAAAAUAAUUGGACAAAGUUGGAAAAAAUCCGAAACAGAGCUUGUGUAAUAGAAGUGUUUAAAUGUUUAAAUGGCUUGGCACCUCAAUGCUAUGAUGGCUACUUCCAAAGGCACUCACAUGGAAAAGGCACCCGUGGAGAUAACAACAAACUGCUAUUUGCCAAAAGUUAG